CAAUAAAAACGACAACAGAAAUCCCUAUCAACAUGCACGGCUAUCCUGUGAUGCAGUUUGUACAAUACAGCAUGCCACCGCCCUGCUCCUGGGUGGCAGCUCCACCACCACCCACAAAUGCGGAUGCACAUCGCGGCGCAACGACUAUGGCUCACCGACAUGGUGCAGGCAUCAAGAAGUAUGUGGUGUGGUGCCUUAUAUGCGGUGGCUUCUCCUGCUUACUGGGGGUGCUCUUUCUUGGCGUGUAUUUUCUCCUGCAUUCCUACACCAUCACAGUGGGAAAUUUUGAAACGGUGCCUACUUUUGUACCCGCCACGCUGCUCAUUCUCACGGGCGUUUGUAUUAUGAGCCUAGCUCGACGACGGAAUCGCUACAGCUAUUUGAUCAAGUUAUCCGGAGCCUGUGGUCUAGUCUCGGCCUUGACAUGCGCACUGGUAACCGUAACGACGACCGUAUUGCACAUGAGUCGCCUACAGGCGCUGCGCGAAUGCGAGUACGCCCAGAAGACGCGCACCUGCACGUGCUAUUCGGACCUGAUUGAGUCGCAAGUGGACCGAGUGGAUAAAGAAGGUGUCCGCCUUGUUUUCGAUUCUCUCUCUGACUGUGGAGUGGUUCACGGAUCCCUAUACUCGUGCUUGCGCGCCAUCUUCGGCCUCUCCGUUGCUGGAGUGCUUAUUGCGGUCUUCAGUUGUAUGCUGGUCUACCAGCUGCUCAGCCACGAACGGAAGAAAAUGUAUUGGGAGCAGUUGGAGCUACGUUGUCGCUCACUCUACGCCAGUCAGGCGCCACCACCAAGCUUGGGCGCCAUGGCACCCCCAGGCCGUGUACUAAAUUGCCGCUGUUGCGAGCAGUGCCACGCGCAUCGUCAGUUGACGCUACCGCUCCAGACUGCCAGCUACCCGUGGGAUGAGGCAAGUGCUGCUGCAGCGGCGGCCGUAGCUGCCGGAGGCACUGGACCGGAUCAACGAUUUUGGACGACCCAACCACCAGGCAACUUUUAUUCACCCAACCCAGGAGGCGAGGACGCGGCUGCGGCAGCUGUUUGUCGUGCCGGAGAUCGUGCGACACGCAGUAGUAGUGGCUGGAGCUGGCCUAGAAUGCCAUGGCAGCGCCAAACACCUGAUACAGGUCGGCGCUUUCGGCAGGCUGCAGCCAGUCCGGAUUCGCAGUACGGCUUUUCCUCCACGUCCGCAACAGCAGAUGGUAAUCAAAUGCUCAUAGAAGAACAGCUUACGCCUGCUGUGGCCGCCGCAUUCAAUGCAAUGCCACCACCCAAUGCCCUGCCCUACGGAGUCUGGGGUCCACCGCCACCGUACAGUGAUCCCAAUAGCCCGGCACGUCGCGGGUAUUAUCAGUACCUGCAGCCAAGUGCUUGUCUAGGCGGCGGCCAGGCCUUCAACGGGGAACGUGGAGCGACUUUAGUGGCCACCUCCCUACCUCAUGCACACAGCAGCUCCCUGCUGGAUCAAUCGCAUCAACAGCAGCAUCAGCUACAGCUCCAGCAACAACAGCAACAACAACGUCUGUGCGGUCAGCAUCAGGGAGCUGCAACUCUCGAGCGUAUGGAUGGCCUGACCCUUGGGCAAAGCACUGGCGGCGGAAACGUGCCACAAGCAUCUGUUGCGCUUGGCAGAGCCGCCAUAGCCGCCUACAAGGCCAAAGCAGCAGCCGAAUAUGAGAACACACAUUCGGACAGUGAUGGAUGCGGUGCUCGCGAGCGUUGUUCCAACACUCUUCCCACGCGCAAGCUGAAGAAGCGAAUCGAGGCAGGUGCUAAGAGCAUCGGACCCAAUAACAAUGCCGGUCAGCAGCGACCUAAUGUGCAUCAAGUUUUUGCAUGCGACUCUAUAGUGCCGCAGGUUGCGGAUGCUUCGACCAAGCAACAACAACUAUCAAACAGCAACAAUGGCGGUGUGGAGAACAACGGGUACCAGGAUUCCAAUGGCGCCAUAGCCAAUGGCACCGGCAACCACAAUGCGCCAGAAUGCUUAGAAGCCGCAGAAUCAGAGGUUUACUUUGCUGAUGUGAGUAGCUGUUGUAAUAUGUCCGUCAAAAAUGAUAAUUAUUACGAGGAUGCGCAACAGCGGGCACACCGUACGGCUCAUCACCACGCACAUCCACAUCAGCACCAACACCAUCACAGUCAUCAGCAUAGCAAUUGCAGUCAUAGCAGUAAUCAGAGCAGCUCCACCAGUACCAAUGCAACCAACACCGGAAGCAACAACAACAAUGCUAAUGAGGACUACUUAGCGCAACGGUUUGGACGACGCGAACAUUCUAUACGCAGCCGAUUGCCUUUUCCCCAGACUCAAGCGGAGGACGAUUAUGAGAGCUCCAAUCUGAAUAUGCCCACGCUUAAGACCGCAGCCUUGGAGCAACAGCACCAGCAGCUACAGAAGGAUAUCUCACGCCAGAGCAUGUGUUCCGUCGAAUCAGAGGCCAAGACUGAAUUCACCGAUCUGUCGCCAUCGACACCAUGUAGCAUCGGUCCCUUGCCGCCCCCACCUGCCAAUUUUGCCAGUGAUCCGCCAAAGCCAGCGCAGCAGUCUCCCAACUUUGUUGCCUCAUUUCCCUACUCAUCCGAAUCUCAGUGCUUGGAGGCGCAUCGUCGCUCCACUAAGAACAUUCACGAGCUUCUCCUUUCCGGAGGAGGAGAAUCCCACUACGAGGUAAUCAACGAUCGCAGUGGCGGCAGCGGUGGUAAUUACCAGCUACAGCGCUCCAGCGGCAGUAAAAACAAGUCCAAGUCGAAGACACGAUCGCGUGAUCAGCUUGAUAUCUACGGUGGUACGGGGGAGCGCUCGGACUGGUCUGAUGGUAGUAGUGCAGCACGGAGCAGCAGCAGCAAACGUUUGUGAGACGAAGUCUUCGUGUAGCCGGAGGAGACAUUCGGCGGACUUUGUGCCUGUGACGGAGAGCGUGGUUUCAUUUUCAGUAUGUAGUUAUAGUCCUCGAUGCACACCUACGCAUAUUAACCAACAGCACGCAAUCACAGUCUCAGUCUAGUCCGUCCGCAUACAUACACACAUACAUACAAGUAUGUACAUGAAUAUAUUGCUUUUGCUGUGGUCUUCCCUAUAGUUUGUUAAAUCUACAUGUAAUGUUUGCCAUCCAAAACAGACUUUCUUCCUAGUUAGUUCGUUGAUAGGUAGUGCGCUUCUAAGUUAGGCUUCCUAUAUCUAUCCCUAUAUGUUUAUCACACCAACUAUUUUUUAGGCUCGCACCAUGUAGACGAGCAUCAUACAAGUAUUUGCUUUAACUAUUUUAAACCAAACUCUAUGGUAGUUAUAUAGUAUA